CGUAGUAUGGCUGCCGAUAGUCUUAUUAGCAAAACAUUUAUUAACCUAGAACUAUUUCUACACAAGGUUGCACAGCUUGGUGUAUUUGAAGCACUCAUUUUUAAUUACAAACUGAAAGUCGGCGUUUUGGAACCUGCUAGUAAUCUUUUUAAGCCUAUUGUCAACGAGCUUAUAAACGAAUUGCAGUUGGUGAUUCAGGAGCAGGCCCUUGUUGGAACAUACAGUCAACCUGCAGUAACAUCGCCUCAACAUUUAAAUGGUGUUAGGAUUGAAACGUGCAGCAGCAAUGAAGAAGGGAAGACUGAUACCACUAGAACCAACGAGUCUGUCGUCUUAUCAUUUUGUGAAAUUGAUUACUCAACAAAAGACAUUCAGAACCUAACAUCUCUUCAUAAUGUGAACGAAGCAGAGUCAACAAAUCAUGAAACACCCUCUAACUUUCAGGACGGGGAUGGGAAUGGGAAUGAGGGUGUAGUGACAGAGAAUAUCGACAGUCCAAAAGAGAAUGUCAAAGCCUGUAAAACAUUACGCCGAAAGCAAAAAGAUGAGCGCUGCUGCAAAACAGAAAAUGACGUUAUAGGGAAAAGCUCUCAUAUGCAAGAUACCGGCAACAAUGAUUCUAGAAGCAGAUUUUUCAUGUGUCCAGUAUGCAACAGGAAAUUUCUGAAGGAAAGUCGAUUGGCAGCACAUUUAUCGAAGUGUGGCAAGGCAAAGGGCAAGGCAGAAACGAGGUUUUGUGAAUAUUGUGACAUGGGAUUUUCUUCACAACGUGUGUUAAAUUUACAUAUUGAAAGGAUUCAUAAACUGCCUUUGGCAUCAACUGAAUCUGCUUCUACCGCUGGAGAUACAAUAUCUCUUAAGGAUGAUUUUCCAGAUGAUUUACCAUUCUUCUGCUGUGUUGUGUGUCAGUCUGCUUACAAGUCUGUAUCUGAUUUUGUGACCCACGCAUGCAAGGACGCCAGUCUCAAACUAGGACGAGAGGCAGUAGCAAGUGCUGAACACCUGAGACAGCUUCGCAAAUUUCUUUGUGGCCUUUGCCGAGAAGAAUUCAGAAGUUUGGCUCGAACAUUGUACCAUCUGGCACGCUGUUCUGGUGGCCCAUAUCGCUGUGAGCUCUGCCCAAACAAGUAUGAUUAUCCACGUGAACUCAACCAACAUAAAAGCAAGGCACACAGGGGUGCAAAUAGCUUUUUCUGUGAUGAGUGUGGUUUAAAUUUUAAGCUCAGAACAUCCUUGCAGAAACAUAAAGUAAAUCGUCAUGAGAGGCACGAGAGCCUUUUCACAUGCGAUGAAUGCUCGAAAACAUUUACGAAGAGAAUACAUCUAACUAGGCACAAAAUAUGUUUUCAUCGGUUUGAAAGGAAAUUCUUAUGCCAGGUGUGUGGCAAAAAAUUCUCAACCCACAGCAGUUUAAGUGCUCACUUGGACACACAUACAGAACUCAAGAGAUUUUCAUGUACCUUCUGCAGUCGCAAAUUCCGACAGAAAGAAAAACUGAAGUUCCACAUCAGAAUACAUACAGGAGAACGCCCUCACCUGUGCCAAACAUGUGGCAAAGGAUUCAUAAGAAAAUCAAAAUUGGAUGAUCACAUUCGGCGGCAUUUGGGAGAGAAACGAUACAGUUGUGAUCUUUGUCCCAAGUGCUAUGCCAGUAGUUGGGACCUUAAGUUGCAUCGGAAGAAAUGUCAUCCAGAGGUUGAGUCUUCAAAUCCCCCUAUUGAAGCUUCAGCAUCUACUGAAGCUCCUUCAGAACUGACACCAGUUGCUGACAUUGAUGAUCCAGAUGAGCCACCACCAUUACCUGUUCCACUCUCUGUUGAAACUGUUGUACCACAGCAGCAAUCAACAUCUAGUACACCACCUGUGCUAGUACAGCUUGAUGGAGGACAUGCAGGCAUGUUGACAUUAACUGAUGCUGUACAGUUAGGCCCAUUGAUGGCAGCUGAUGGGACCACAGCAAAUGGAGGACCAACUCUUGGAACAACUGCCCAGUUUGUGCAACCACCUCCUACAGAGGCCUUUGGACUUCAACCUGGACUGGUCUUUGUUCCAGCAACUUUUGAUGUUAGCAGUAUCACUUAUUGAUAACUUAUAAUAUGAAAUCUGGUUUUAUUGUGCACUGCUCCCAAUUGUAAGGCUUGUGAUUAGUAUAACAUUGACAGUGUUUAUAAUUCCUCAUAUAAGUGAUAACAUUUCAGUUGUCUGUAUAAUGUAGUGAUUGUGACUGUAGCAUUGCAUAUCAUCUCUGCUAAACAAAUAAUGAGUCAUAAAAUGAAAUAUUUAUUACUCAGGUGACACUAAUUUAAUUUAUAAUCUGUUUCCUUUUCUUUUUACACCCUAAUGAAGUGAUAAUGUGUCACUACAUUGAGUGUACUUGAUUACACUCAAUACUGAUGUGUGAAGGUUAUAUCCCCUCACAAAUGUGCAAGUUUCCAAAUUUUUAAUAAUGUUUCCUGGUGUACCAAAAAAUGACAAUGAUGAUCACACCAAGUCCCCGAGUGGAGAGUAAAUCUUGCUGUUGGUAUCUUUGUAUUACAUCCCUCAUCCUCUGUGAACAUUUACAGUGGCAUGAUAUUUUGAAAAAGCUGUCUCAGUAACCACAGAAAUUCACAGUAACAUACGGUACAAAAAAUAAAUAAUUUUUGAAAAUACUAUUGCCUGUGUGUAACAUUUGAAACAAUAUAGAAGUCGCAUACUACCAGACUUUGUUGGUAUCAUCAUCUACUGCCAAUCCUCAUUCUUGGCAGCUGCACAGAAGGCUUUUCUGAAAGAAAUCAAACUUUAGGAAAUUUACAUGUAUUCGUAAGUUGUGUAGGUAACUUUUGUUCUACAACCUUAUUUUGUGAUAGCAUUAUUUUAUUUUCAUUAAUCUUAUGUAGUUCACCAGCAGUAUUUUGUUACUAAAUUAAAGGUCUACCAUGCAGACAUAUUCUCAUAUUUUAUCCCAAAAUAUCAAAAAAGAAAAGAAACAGCAGAUAAGAUCUAUCACAAAACUCAUGGUACAUUGUGAAGUUCUUUUUCAUCAUUGUCAUAGACACAUACCGAGCGAGGUGGCGCAGUGGUUAGACACUGGACUCGCAUUCGGGAGGACGACGGUUCAAUCCCGUGUCCGGCCAUCCUGAUUUAGGUUUUCCGUGAUUUCCCUAAAUCGCUCCAGGCAAAUGCCGGGAUGGUUCCUUUCAAAGGGCACGGCCGACUUCCUUCCCCAUCCUUCCCUAAUCCGAUGAGACCGAUGACCUCGCUGUCUGGUCUCCUUCCCCAAACCAACCAAUCAACCAUAGACACAUAUCUUGCACAAAUGUAUGUUCAUUGUCCAUUUACUUACUCAUUUAUAUGGGGUGGCAUGUGUGAAGGCACAGAAUUUUUGCUGAUUAUGGGCGCUAUUAGCCAAGGGCAGGUAGCGUCACCACUAGUGUCUCCUGCGACUCAAGGGGCAUUGUGUCAAAUGGCACUUAAUUAGCAAACACCUGUGGCAAAACUGAGACACCAAUGUAGGGGCCUGGUGACUGCCCUGGUGACUCGAAGUUGCCCAGACCCCUCACGGGGUAUUGUGGUAAAUAGGGCCCAUGACCCGUAAGACACUUACGUCAUCACUUUUCUUCCACUGGGCCAGUGCACACGCAUGGUGCGUCACUCUGGCAGCUGUCCUCCAGUAGCUCGUGUACAACGGUACUGUGUACGCUGUACUUGCACUGUGUUACAAUAUUGUUAACUUAUGAAUAUGUAAAUACUGCCUCGAGAACUCAGGGAGCUGAAUAAACUCUUUGAAAGGAAAAUAAAUACAGAAGAUUUAAUUGUUGAGAUACACAAAAAUCAGUACUUU